UCCAUCUCUUUCUUUCUCUCUUAAAAUGGCUACAAACAUCAUAGAACAGGAAUCCACCGUACCCCUUUUGCAAUCAAAGCCUGAGGACAAUGGCAAUGGAGCUCUCCCGACAAGGAUUUGGGUCGAGUCCCAAAAGCUCUGGCACAUCGUCGGUCCAGCCAUCUUCAGCCGCCUCGCCUCCUACUCCAUGUUGGUCAUCACCCAAGCCUUCGCCGGCCAUUUGGGCGACCUUGAGCUUGCCGCAAUGUCCAUCGCCAAUAAUGUCAUUGUCGGCUUCGAUUUCGGCCUCUUGUUGGGGAUGGCCAGCGCCUUAGAGACGCUUUGUGGGCAAGCUUAUGGAGCCAAGAAAUUCCACAUGUUGGGGAUUUACAUGCAGCGUUCUUGGAUUGUUCUGUUCAUUUGCUCUGUUUUAAUUUUGCCCAUUUAUUUAUUUGCAACCCCUGCUCUGUUGCUUCUUGGGCAGCCGCCGGAUUUGGCAGAGCUUGCAGGGAAAGUGGCGGCGCUAUUAGUGCCUUUGCAUUUCAGCUUUGCUAUUCAAUUUCCUGUACAGAGGUUCCUACAGAGUCAGUUAAAGACAGCGGUGAUUGCUUAUGUUUCGCUGGUGGCGUUGGUGGUGCACGUUUUGGUCAGCUGGUUGCUUGUUUAUAAUCUGGAGCUUGGGCUUGUCGGAACCGCCAUUACCACCAAUAUUUCGUGGUGGGUUUUGGUUUUGGGGCUUUUUUUUUACGCCGUCUGCGGUGGCUGCCCUCUCACCUGGCCUGGGUUCUCCGUUGAAGCUUUUUCUGGGCUCUGGGAGUUCGUUAAAUUGUCGGCUGCUUCAGGAAUCAUGCUCUGUUUGGAGAAUUGGUAUUACAGAAUAUUGAUAGUGAUGACUGGGAAUCUGGAGAAUGCUAAGCUCGCAGUGGAUGCUUUGUCUGUAUGCAUGACGAUCAACGGCUGGGAAAUGAUGAUCCCAUUUGCGUUCUUCGCCGGCUCCGGAGUGAGGGUAGCAAAUGAGCUGGGAGAUGGAAAUGGGAAAGGAGCAAGGUUUGCAACAAUGGUGGCGGUGGGGACAUCGAUCAUAAUUGGGCUGUUUUUUUGGAUAAUCAUUAUCACAUUCGACACUCAGAUUGCUUUGAUAUUCACUUCUAGUCAAGUGGUUCUAAAAGAAGUAAACAAGCUAUCCAUCCUCUUGGCUUUCACCAUCCUUCUCAACAGCAUUCAACCCGUUCUUUCGGGCGUGGCAGUUGGUUCGGGAUGGCAAUCAUACGUUGCGUAUGUUAACUUAGGUUGCUAUUACCUUAUUGGAUUACCUUUUGGGAUUGUGAUGGGUUGGAGCUUCAACCAAGGAGUUAUGGGUAUAUGGGCCGGAAUGAUAUUUGGUGGAACCGCAAUUCAAACGCUAGUAUUAUGCAUUAUGACCAUUCGAUGCGAUUGGGAUCGAGAGGCCGAGAGAACAAGCUUGCACAUUAGGAAGUUGGCAGAAGAAACUCAAGAACGGUGAGACUAAUAAUAUACGUACUAAUUAUUUAUUAAAAUACUCAAGUCACGUGUUACUCUUAUUUUUUAGGUAAAUAUAAAAUACUUUUGUAUGAAUAACUACGUUACAGUAACAACUAUAAAACUGAAAUUAGUGUAGAUGCAUUUAUGUUAUUUUU